CCGCUCUCCCUCACACCCUCCCUCCCUCCCUCCCAUCCUUGAUUCUCUUGUUGUUCCACUCUAAUCUAGAUUCUAGUUCGAGUCGAGUCUUCGCCGCAUUGUGGGCUCCAGAUCGAAUCGGCAAGGAGUCGGUCAUCGUCGUCGUCCGCUCCGGCGGCAGCCCCUCGCCCGCCGCCGUCGUAACCGUAACACAAGUCCGCCGGCGGCCUCCUUUCUUCCUCUUCCUCUUCCGUCGGCAAUGGAGACCCGGGACACGACGGCGCCGCUCCCCUACUCGUACACGCCGCUGCCGGCCGCCGACGCCGCGUCCGCCGAGGUCACCGGCACCGGCCACCGCGGCGGCAGGAGCAGGCGGAGGUCGCUCUGCGCCGCGGCGCUCGUGCUCUCCGCCGCGCUGCUCCUCGCCGUCGCCGCGCUCACCGGCGUCGGCCGCCGCGUCGACGUCGUCCCCGGCGGCGCGGGGUCGCCGAGGAGCACCAGCAGCAUCAGCAGGGGCCCCGAUGCCGGCGUGUCGGAGAAGACGUCCGGCGCGUGGAGCGGCGGCGGCAGGCUGCGGAGUGACGGCGCCGGCGGGAACGCGUUCCCGUGGAGCAAUGCGAUGCUGCAGUGGCAGCGCACGGGAUUCCACUUCCAGCCACACAUGAACUGGAUGAACGAUCCCAAUGGCCCGGUGUACUACAAGGGAUGGUAUCAUCUGUUCUACCAGUACAACCCAGACGGUGCCAUCUGGGGCAACAAGAUCGCGUGGGGCCACGCCGUCUCCCGCGACCUGAUCCACUGGCGCCACCUCCCGCUAGCCAUGGUGCCGGACCAGUGGUACGACACCAACGGCGUCUGGACAGGCUCCGCCACCACGCUCCCCGACGGCCGCCUCGCCAUGCUCUACACCGGCUCCACCAACGCCUCCGUGCAGGUGCAGUGCCUCGCCGUCCCCGCCGACGACGCCGACCCGCUGCUCACCAACUGGACCAAGUACGAGGGCAACCCGGUCCUGUACCCGCCGCCGGGGAUCGGGCCCAAGGACUUCCGUGACCCCACCACGGCGUGGUUCGACCCGUCGGACAACACCUGGCGCAUCGUCAUCGGGUCCAAGGACGACGCCGAGGGCGACCACGCCGGCAUCGCCGUCGUCUACCGGACCAAGGACUUCGUCAGCUUCGAGCUCCUCCCCGGCCUCCUCCACCGCGUCGCGAGGACGGGGAUGUGGGAGUGCAUCGACUUCUACCCCGUCGCCACCCGCGGCAAGGCGUCCGGGAACGGCGUCGACAUGUCCGACGCCUUCGGCAAGAACGGCGCCAUUGUUGGGGACGUCGUGCACGUUAUGAAGGCCAGCAUGGACGACGACCGCCAUGACUACUACGCGCUCGGGAGGUACGAUGCGGCCACCAACGAGUGGACGCCGCUCGACGCCGAGAAGGACGUCGGCAUCGGGCUCCGGUAUGACUGGGGCAAGUUUUACGCGUCCAAGACCUUCUAUGACCCCGCCAAGCGCCGCCGCGUGCUCUGGGGAUGGGUCGGCGAGACCGACUCGGAGCGCGCUGACGUCUCCAAGGGAUGGGCAUCGUUGCAGGGUAUCCCCCGGACGGUGCUGCUGGACACCAAGACGGGCAGCAACCUGCUGCAGUGGCCCGUGGAGGAAGCGGAGACGCUGCGCACCAACUCCACGGACCUCAGCGGCAUCACCAUCGACUACGGCUCGGCGUUCCCGCUCAACCUCCGGCGCGCCACGCAGCUGGACAUCGAGGCGGAGUUCCAGCUCGACCGCCGCGCCGUCAUGUCGCUCAACGAGGCCGACGUGGGGUACAACUGCAGCACGAGCGGUGGCGCCGCGGCCCGCGGUGCCCUCGGCCCCUUCGGCCUGCUCGUCCUCGCCGACAAGCACCUGCGCGAGCAGACGGCCGUCUACUUCUACGUGGCCAAGGGCCUGGACGGCUCCCUCACCACGCACUUCUGCCAGGACGAGUCCCGGUCCUCCAGCGCCAACGACAUCGUCAAGCGCGUCGUCGGCAGCUCCGUCCCCGUGCUGGACGACGAGACCACGCUCUCGCUCCGCGUGCUCGUCGACCACUCCAUCGUCGAGAGCUUCGCGCAGGGCGGAAGGUCGACGGCAACCUCGCGCGUCUACCCCACCGAGGCCAUCUACGCCAACGCCGGCGUGUUCCUCUUCAACAACGCCACCGCCGCGCGCGUCACCGCCAAGAAGCUCGUCGUCCACGAGAUGGACUCAUCCUACAACCACGACUACAUGGUCACGGACAUCUGAUGCUGCUGCUGAUCCGUCGAUCGUCCAUCCAACCCACCGCUGCAUGCACCUAAUUUUUUGAACAGCAAAGCAUCUUCUUGUACCUAUCAAUUCAUAUCCUCGCUUCCCUCUCCAAUUUUGUUAUUUCCCUGCCAUAAUUUUGGGUUUUUUUUCCUUCUUCUUCUUUCUUCUGAUUGCUACUAUAUAUGUAUCGCUCGAGGCUUAGCUUCCGGUUGCAAUAGUAGCUAUCCAGUGGAAGACGCCACGUCGAUGCAAGACAAGAGGCUACAUAUGUAAUAGUGUAGCCUGUAGUUGUACAUGUAUGAUGGUGUGCCACCACACCAAUUGAGUUAUAAAUAUAAAUGUUUUUAGCCC